AAACGAGCCCUCAGUAAAUGUUAUCUUACCAUACAACCUUUACUUGGAAGUUUUUGCGAAGGUUUGCGUAAGAUCUGCCUUUAUGGGCGCCUGUCUCUUUAAUGCUUUGCCACGUUGUGUCCCGUGAGCCUUUGCGCCCUGCGGCCCCCGCUGUAUCCCGUCGCGCCCUGCGCCUUCCGGCUGCAAUUGCUUUCAACCCCGCCUUUUCCGGCGCAUGCCAGAUCAUGGCGCAGGGGCAGCGCAAGUUCCAGGCACGGAAGCCGGGGAAGAGCAAAGCGGCGGCAGCGGCCUCAGAGCGGAACCGGGGCCCGAGGAAGGGUGGUCGUGUGAUCGCCCCCAAGAAGUCGCGCAUCGUGCAGCAGCGAAAGCUCAAGAAGGACCUGGAGGUCGGGAUCCGGAAGAAGAUUGAACACGACGUGGUAAUGAAAGCCAGCAGCAGCCUGCCCAAGAAGCUGGCGCUGGUGAAGGUUCCUGCCGAGAAGGAGGCAGCCUCUUCCUCCUCUGCCAAGACACCUUCCUAAGGACACCAGCCCACUGGAGGCCAUCGCCACAGCCUCCACAGGCAGCACCGCGAGAAGGAGCCGUGCUCCCCGCAGCCUUGGGUGGCAUGCCCCUCAAAUGGCCCUGGGGGCCUAGCCCAUGAGUAGGUGAUCAGCAGAUCUGGAGUGCACUGGUCAGCUUCCCAGGGUGCCAAGGACUCCAGAAGGGAAGGAAUGUUCACCGGCUUCCUGUGUCCCCCUCCUCCGGUCUUGUCUUCCCUGGUUUAACCCAGAGCAAUAAACGUGACUGUGAUUCCUCCUGCA